AUGGCAGGCCACUUAGCCACUGCAGCGGACGAGGAGGUUCAAGAUGUCAGCCCCUACACGAACGCAUUAGCCAAGCGAGUUAUUCGCAAGAUCGAUCUCCGCAUCUUGGUUAUCAUGUUUGUUACCUACAACCUGAAUUUUAUGGACAAAACCAUUCUAUCAUCCGCCGCCGUAUUCGGUCUCACCGAAGACAAUCACCUGCAUGGAACACAAUAUUCCUGGGUGAGCUCAGUAUUCUACUUUGGUUACCUAUUCUUCGAAUAUCCUACCACUAUCCUGAUCCAGCGACUUCCAAUCGGAAAGUACAUCUCGGGAGUCACCUUGCUUUGGGGUAUUAUUGUUGCUUCCACAGCUGCAUGUUCGAACUUCGGAGGGCUGGCUACUUGUCGGUUCCUGCUUGGCGUGGCAAUGCAACGUGCUGAUAUUGAGCUUCAGGAAGCAACCAUAUCACCUGCAUUUGUCUAUGUCACUAGUAUGUGGUACACUCGAGAUGAAAUUCCGAUACGCACUGGCGUAUGGUUCGCAGGCAACAGCUGCGGUGGCUUCAUUGCGUCCCUCUUGGCCUACGGGAUCGGACAAAUUGAUCAUCCAUUACAUCCAUGGCAGUGGAUGUUUAUAAUCUUUGGAGUAGCCACAAGUCUCUGGAGCGUGGUAAUGUUUUUCGGCCUCCCUGAUACCAUCAAUGAUGCGGACUUCCUUACCGAGGAGGAAAAGCAGUAUGCGGAGGAUCGCGUUGUGACUGCUGGACUUGGACGGACUGAUCCGAUUAACAGCCAAUGGAAAGUGGAACAGGUCUUUGAGUGCCUCAUGGACCCGAAGACGUACUUUUUCAUUGCCAUGUCUGUCUUAACCCAGAUCCCAAACGGAGGCACUGGAAGCUUCGGAAAUUUAGCUUUGAAGAGCUUUGGGUUUACAAGUCUCCAGUCGACUCUUGUCAGUCUCCCCGCGUCCGUCAUCUCGAUGACCACCAUCAUGUCCACAGGCUGGCUCGCGAGUCGUUUCCGUAACAUCACCACCUUUCUCAUCAUCGCAGUUGUUAUUCCCCCAGUCGUAGGUAGCGCUAUCAUCUUCUCCGAGAAGACCAAAGGCUUGCGUCUCUUCGCAUACUACCUCCUACAAACAGGCCCAGGUGCGCUUCCGCUCGUCCUUGGUCUCAUCUCAGCCAACUACAAGGGCGUCACUAAGAAGAUGACUGUCACUGCCAUCCUGUUCGUUACUUACUGUGCUGGCAAUAUUGCCGGGCCACAAACCUUCAAGUCAUCCGAAAAAAGUCGUGGAUACCCAACUGCUUUCAAAGCGAUAUUAAUCUGCUACGGACUCGUCAUGCUUGUUUCCAUCGCUCUACGCGUCUACUUGACCUUCGUCAAUAAAUCCCGAGACAAAACUGAAGAGGCGGCGGCAGCACUGGAACCAGCUAUUCCGGGGAAGACUCAGUUAACUGAGAUUGACUACGAGGACGUGACAGAUUUCAACACAUCGGGAUUCCGGUAUCGGAUGUAA